AUGACGAAAGACUGGGAGUUGGUGCAGGAUGAGAUCAAGGAGCUUUCUUUCAUCCAGAAGAAGCCUCUGGAAGAGGUCAAGGAGCUCAUGGAACGCAAACACAAAUUUCGGGCUUCGACACGAGCAUAUCGAAUGAGGUUGAAAGAGUGGGGUAUCAUGAGGCACAAACCGCGAAGAGCCACGAAGUCGCGUCACAAAGCGAGGCUAUCCAGCGAGCAGAGUUCCGAUGGCAACGCUGGGAACGACAACGAGUCAAGCGAGUUCGCAGAACCCAUCUCGAUCGACUCGGCUUCCAGAGAGCAUUGUACAAAGACGGGUGGUUGGCAGGUUGUAGCUAGUCUACCCACUCUUAUCGCCGAUGAAGCCGGGACGGUCGCAGAGCCAACUUUUCUGGGUCUAUUGAACCAGCCACAAGAUCUCCGGCCAUCCUUCGAAAAGACAUCGUCGCAAGAUUCUAGGCACGCCUCCGGCAUAGUACUAGAUAUGGUCGGCGCAGUCCUAGACGGCGAUUUGCAAAAGUUGGAAAAGCUUAUUGUCGACAAUGUCGAUCACAUCAACCAUCCUAUUGGUCUGCCUUUCGAUGAAGCAGGCGCACGAUUCGUUGGCCACCCUGCUCUGAGCGAGAUGGUUAUCUUGCAGCAUCCAAAUCAGACCGUAUUCGAUAUUGCGUGCGGUCGUUCAGAGGUCAAUGGACUUCCGGGCUCAAGCUGGACUCCUUUACGUCAAGCAGUUUUCUGGAAUGUACCUGACAUCGUGCGCAUCCUUCUCAACCGAGGUGCCAACGUCGAAGAUGCUGGUCCAUCGCCUGAGAAGCCUGGCGUUCACACAGCAUUGCAACUAUGCCUUUUACAUCGAAUGAAAAUCUACACAGACCCAGCGGCACGCAAGAACUGCCACACGCUUUUGGAAAUGCUUCUUAGUGCUGGGGCAAAUGUUCACCGCAAGCCUCCGGAGCUUGUUGCCCAGUCAAACCUCAGCAUGUUCAUCAUGGCAUUGCAGAAUCGCCCUUAUUGGGCGGCCGACCUUUCUUCAGACGAGCUUGAAUGCCUCCGGCUGUUUGUUUGCAAGGGUGCUAGCUUCCCUCCGUUCUUUGGAGGUUAUCCUUGCAAGUCUCUGUGUCGGGACAAGUUUGAGCACCAAGCGCUGUGGCAUUCGACUCCAACUUUUGCGCGGUGGCUCAUUGACAUCUUUGUACCUACGCCUACUAACGAUGGUACCUCGCUCCUAUCCGAAGUUCUCGGCUGCUGUCCGGACGCAAAACGACAUCCCACCGAUACGCUACGCGAUAUUGAAGUGCUUCUCGGGAAGGGCGUCGAUCCGAACAGCGCAGCUCAUGACGCCCUCAGUCCUUUGCGAAAGUGCAUUGCGGAAUGCCCAGCUGUUGAUAUCGUUCCGCGUCUCCGAAUGCUUGUCAAUGGCGGCGCCGACCCAGAAUGCGAAGAUGCGGACGGUGUUCAGCCAUACGUUCAAGCGGCGGAAUCUUUCGAAGAGCCGCUUCGUACCGAGGUCAUGUCAGUGUUAGUCGCUAAGAUCUCAGGCCUUUUCCCCAUCUCAGAGACGCAGACUUAUGAUCAAGUCAUGGCGUGCACGCGUCAAACGGGCGAGUUCAUGCUCAACAUGCGUAACAUGGUACCAGAACAUGUUCAGAGCAUCUUUCAAAGAGCCUAUUUCACUGUUAUCAGCGAGUACUUCUUGAAUACAAUGACCAGAGUAGCAAAGACGAAGUUGCUUAGCUCGAAAGAGAAGGAUGAAAUCGUCUGGAUUGUUUCUAUCCGAGAUGGCGUCGAUCUACCCAAGUACAGCUUCGACCAGAAACUCGUCAUUGCGCUGCUGGACCCACAACCACUGCCAAGUAUGAUGCUUGCACGAGACGAUGAUGUUCCUCCAGAGGAUCCGAUGCAAUGCGAUACGGUCGAUGUUGCUGCGGCUUCUCCAGCAUCUAGUGCCACGAUCACGGGGACUGCGAUCGUCUCCGCAAUGGCUCGAUGA